GUUUAAAGGUAAUCAACGUGGUAGAUGCUGUUUUGAAACGUGCGGCGUGAAAAUAGUGAAAUUCUUCCACAGCAGCAGAACCAAAUGGGGGAGUUUAAGGUGCACCGGGUCCGGUUCUUUGACUAUAUGCCCAGUGCCAUCCGGGCCUUGGCGUUCUGCCGCCACACCGAGCGGCUGGCGGCGGCCCGAGCUGACGGGUCGGUGGAAAUCUUCAACUUCGCUGACAACUACUUCCAGGAGAAGGUGAUCCCGGGGCGGGACCGGCGGGCCGUCGAGGCUCUGUGUUGGGUGGGUCCACGUCUGUUCAGCGCCGGUUUGGGUGGAGAGAUCACAGAGUACGACCUGGAGAACCUGAGGCCCCGAUACAGCCUGGAGGCCUACGGAGGGCCCGUUUGGUCCCUCAGCAGCAACAGACAGGGGACCACGCUGGCGGCUGGCUGUGAGGAUGGAACGGUGAAGAUGUUUGAGAUCCUGGAGGAGAGGAUUCAGUUUCAGAAGAACCUCGAGAGACAAAAAGGUCGGAUCGUGUCUCUGUCCUGGCAUCCGUCCGGAGCGCAGAUCGCAGCAGGAACGAUGGACAUGAUCAGAAUCUUUGACACAGAAACGGGCCACGCCACGCACCGCCUGCUGGUGGAGCGAGGUGCCGGAGUGCCAAAGACCCAGGAGGUGGUGGUUUGGAGCGUGGUCUUUUUGUCUGACGGCACGGUCAUCAGCGGGGAUUCUGCAGGGAAGGUCCAGUUCUGGGACGGCUUCAUGGGAACUCUGCUCAGGACUCACCUGGUCACCAAGUGGGACGUCCUGGUUCUGUCCGUCUCACCGGACGAGAGCAGCGUGAUCGCCGGGACGUCUGAGGGAACCGUGGUCCAGUUUCAGCUCGUCUCCUCUGGGGAGCAGCAGGACCAGCAGUGGUUCAGAACCAGGACCUUUAAAAACCACUCUCAUGACGUGAAGGCGCUCGUUCACACCGACACCGCUGUGGUUUCUGGAGGAGUCGACACCCAGCUGGUGGUGCGACCCCUGCUGGACAAAGUGGAGAAGAACACCCAGGAGGCAGCGCUGCGGAAAAUCGUUUUCCCUCACAGAAACCUUGUUAGCUGUGCGAAGAAAGCAGGCCUGCUGCUCUUCCAGUUUCCAGAUCAUUUGGAGGUGUGGAGGCUUGGAGACAGCGAUGGAACCGGGAAGCCCGGCGACAGUCUGCCUGUGAAGAGGGAACCUGAGAAACUGAUCCAGCUCAACAGGAAGGGACGUGAUCACAUCUGCUGCAGCGCCUUGUCUCCGUGUGGAGGCUGGUUGGCGUACUCCACCGUCUCCGGCGUCCGUCUCUACAGACUGCAGCUCCACAACAACAUCAGCAUCAACAAGGUGUCCAAACUGCCUAAAGAGCUCCAGUCAGUCCACCAGCUCUGCUUCUCCUCCGACUCCUCCACACUCUUCGCCUCGUCCAGCCUGUCCUCCAUCGUCGUUGUCGGCCUCGACCUCGACCAGCAGGAGUGUAAAUACCUUCAGACCCUCAAGCACAAGUCCGGCUCCAAACAGCCGCUCCACCUGCUGUCUCCCAGUGAAGAUGGUAGAUGGUUGGCGACGGCGAACACGGACUGUGAGAUCCACGUGUUCAACCUCCACAAGAUGAAGCUCCACUGCUCGGUUCCCGUGCACGGCUCCUGUCCCACGGCCAUCUCCGUCAGCUCAUCGAGCGGCAGCCUGGUCUCCGUCCACGCGGACCAGCAGAUCCUGGAGUUCUCCCUGAAGCAGAAGGAGUACACCGAGUGGUGCCGGAAGCUGCAGAGACUAGGACUGCACCCCAGGUGGCUGCAGAGGGACACGCCUGUCACCACCGUCACCUUCAACCCCAGCAACCCGGACCAGCUGGUUCUGAACGACACCUUCAUGUUCGGCAUCAUCGACCGGACCCAGCCGCUUCCCGAGGCGAAGUCGUCGCUUUUCAACCAGCUGUUCCUCCGGACUCUUCCUCAGGCUAAGAGGAGCAGCAGCAGCCACGCCUUCAAGAUCUGCAAGAACUUCCAGAACCUCCUGUGCAUGGCGCUGCUGGAGGACGGCUCCCUGGUGGUGGUGGAGCGCCCCCUGCAGGACAUCGUGGCCCGGCUGCCCGCUCCGGUCCGACUCAAGAAGUUUGCCACAUAAACCCGAACACCACAACGGUUCAUAAGAAUAAAAUACUUACUCUUCUAAA